AUGGCUGGGGAACAGGAACCGGCACGGGACGUGGAACAUGAACUGGCACUGCCACUGGGUGUGGUACAGGCACUGGUCGAUCAACGGGAACGUGCACGUGUACAGGAUACGGUACGGGACGAUCCACCGGAACCGGUUGAGGAUAUGGCACUGGUGAUUUUGGUCCUGCCAUUGGCAUUGGUAUAUGCCGCCUCGGAGAAGCACUUAUCGAGCCUCUCGCUGUUGAAUCAACCUCAACCGAACGAACAUCAUUCAGCAUCGUUGGCCACUAAAAAAGAGAAGCGUGGUAUCUUUGGUCUUGGAGCAUAUGCUCCACCUGCUCCAAUCUACGGACACGGAUUUGCCCAUCACGCACAUCAUCUACUCCCGCCAGCAGAUCCUUUGGCUCCAGUAGCUUUUGCCACCCCUGCAUUGCCUGCCUUGGCCGGGCCUUACUUGGGCGCCCAUGCUCAUACCCACACGGUCGUGACGAAAAAGGUCGGAAUCCCGAUUCCAGCCCCAUAUGCCGUUCCUGUAGAAAAACCGUACCCAGUUCCAGUCAAAGUUCAUGUGCCAGUUCCGGUAGAUCGUCCCUACCCAGUGGCUGUUCCAAAACCAUAUGCCGUUCCAGUCGAUCGGCCGUACCCAGUACCUGUAGAUCGUCCGUAUCCUGUUGCAGUGCCGCACCCUGUGCCGGUUCCGGUUGUUAAACAUGUUGGCUACCCUGUUCCAGCACCUGUUCCCUUUGCUGUACCUAAGCCGAUUCCAGUGCCUGUACAUACUCCGGUCGUAGUAGAAAAACCUGUGAUCGCGGCGGUUGAGUCUGAUCCUUGGGCUAAUGGCCGGCUGUGGUAG